AUGUCACUCAUGCCCAUCUUCAGCAAUGUGUAUAAAGGAGUGUAUGCUGUUGCUUAUACACUUCAUGACCUUCUGGGAUGCAAAGAAAAAUGUGACUCAAAUAAACAGCCUGAUCCUUCAACAGUACCGGUGUCUGUGUGCAGUGAGAGCUGCCCCCCUGGCACUAGGAAAGGUGUGAAGAAAGGAAAGCCUAUAUGUUGUUAUGACUGCAUACCAUGUACAGAGGGAGAAAUCAGUAACACUUCAGACUUCUGGUCAAAUAUGCAAAACGAUGGAUGUGUUAAGAAGGAAACAGAAUUUUUGUCUUAUGAGGAGAUCAUGGGGAUUUUGCUCACAACUAUUUCAGUUGUUGGUGCAUUUAUAACAAUAAUAAUUGCAGUCAUAUUUUUCAGAUAUAAAAAUACCCCAAUAGUUAAAGCCAACAACUCAGAAUUAAGCUUCCUGCUACUGUUUUCACUGAUGUUGUGUUUUCUCUGUUCACUUACUUUUAUUGGUCGGCCCACUGAGUGGUCCUGUAUGUUGCGUCACACAGCAUUUGGCAUCACUUUUGUCCUCUGUAUCUCCUGUGUUCUGGGGAAAACAAUAGUGGUCUUAAUGGCUUUCAGGGCUACACUUCCAGGAAGUAAUGUCAUGAAAUGGUUUGGGCCUCCUCAACAGAGACUCAGUGUUUUUGCAUUUACUCUUAUACAAGUGCUUAUUUGUGUGCUUUGGUUAACAAUAUCUCCCCCUUUUCCAUUUAAAAAUAUUAAAUACUUCAAAGAAAAGAUAAUACUAGAGUGCAAUGUGGGAUCAGUUGUAGGUUUCUGGGCUGUGUUAGGUUAUAUUGGACUGCUUGCUAUUCUAUGUUUCUUUUUGGCUUUUCUGGCUCGGAAACUCCCGGAUAAUUUUAAUGAAGCCAAAUUUAUCACAUUUAGUAUGCUCAUAUUUUGUGCUGUUUGGAUUGCUUUCAUACCAGCUUAUGUUAGUUCGCCUGGAAAAUUCACAGUGGCAGUGGAGAUAUUUGCCAUUUUAGCCUCCACAUAUGGAAUGUUAUUUUGCAUAUUUAUUCCUAAAUGCUAUAUCAUUUUAUUGAAACCAGACAAGAACUCUAAAAAACAUUUGAUGGGUAAAUUACCCCCAAGGGCCCUGUGA